AUGGCCACCACGCAGUCCGGACCACCAGCUGCUCCGACCAGCGACCAGCAGCAGCCUCACGCAGCUCCAGCCGGCGAGGACAGCCACCAGCAGCUCCAGCCAGUGACAGCAACACCAGCGAACUCCGGUGACAGCAGCAGCUCCAGCCGGACAGAAACAGCAGCAGGCUCCACCGGCGUCCAGCAGCACCUCCGACCGGCGAGAGCUCCUCAGCGAGCAGCCGUGAAAGCCACCAGCAACAGCAGCAACCAGACGACGCCACCAGCACCUCCGCCCCUCUCUUCUCCGGCGAAGCUCAAAGGCUGUGGAAGACGGAUCUUCACAGAUCCGUCUGGUUAUUGUAAAUCGAUCCCUCCUCCCCUAAUUAUUGUCCUAAGCAGAUUUUCUACAUAUUAUAUCUUUGGACCACCAGCUGCUCCGACCAGCGACCAGCAGCAGCCUCACGCAGCUCCAGCCGGCGAGGACAGCCACCAGCAGCUCCAGCCAGUGACAACAACACCAGCGAGCUCCGGUGACAGCAGCAGCUCCAGCCGGACAGAAACAGCAGCAGGCUCCACCGGCGUCCAGCAGCACCUCCGACCGGCGAGAGCUCCUCAGCGAGCAGCCGUGAAAGCCACCAGCAACAGCAGCAACCAGACGACGCCACCAGCACCUCCGCCCCUCUCUUCUCCGGCGAAGCUCAAAGGCUGUGGAAGACGGAUCUUCACAGAUCCGUCUGGGUUUGUUCUCCUAAAUUCGAUUAUAUGA